CCAUGCCGCGGAUCCAUCCCUCUGUCUCGCCCACAGUUGCAGCGCAUUUGUGUCCCGGGAUGACCUGUUGAUGUCGGUUAAAGAUGGAGUGCCAAGAUCACCCGCUAUAAACUCCUCCCUAGUAAAAAAAAAAGAAGAAGAAGAAGAAAGAAAAAAAAUAGUCUGGAAAUUGGAGUUCUGCCCAGUAUCGCUUCUGUGGUUGGCCGAGAUUGCUUAUUAUAAAUAAUUUAAUUGAAGCAAGACAUCAUAAGCGACAUCUUGGACGGGACUAGCAAAAUCUCUCCGAACCGGAUCGGUAGCUGCUCCGCUGUACCGCCGGGAGGAGAAGGACAUCGCACGGUGCUGCUGGCACGGAGACGCGGGGAGAACACCGACCCCCUCGACGGUUUCGAGGAAUUUUUUUUAAUGUGCCCUCCGAAUCCCCAGAAGACGAAAAGAGAGAAAUAUUUGGCUGCAUUCUUUAAGUGAAGUUGGAGCUUGAGCUGACAUAUAAAAUAAAAGGGAAGGGGGAAAAAAGCUAUAUUUUGAAUCUUUUCUCCGCUGCUGCUGCCGCCUCCCGCUGAACAACGGCCGGUCUCUCACACCGGCCCGGGCCAACCGAGCACUCCUAAAUCCUACCGGGCAUCGAGGCUGGCACACAGCGGGGGCACCGACAGCUUUCUGGCCGCCCCGACUUGCCCUGCUUCACCGCUGGUAGCGGGACUCAGCCUCCGAGGUGUCUGCCGCCGAGACUCUGCUAGACUUUCACACCCUGUGGUCCUGGGCGAGCGUUAUGGCUCAGACGCUGCAGAUGGCGAUCCCCAACUUUGGCAACAACGUCCUGGAGUGUCUGAAUGAACAGCGGCUGCAGGGCCUCUAUUGUGACGUCUCCGUGGUCGUCAAGGGGCAUGCUUUUAAGGCUCAUCGUGCAGUUCUGGCAGCCAGCAGCUCCUACUUCCGGGAUCUGUUCAAUGCCGGCGGGAAGAGCUCUGUGGUGGAGCUGCCGCCGGCUGUGCAGCCACAGAGUUUCCAGCAGAUUCUGGCCUUCUGCUACACGGGGCGCCUCAGCAUGAACAUCGGAGACCAGUUUCUGCUGAUGUACACCGCCGGCUUCCUCCAGAUCCAACAGAUAAUGGAGAAAGGCACAGAGUUUUUCCUCAAGGUCUCUUCCCCAAGCUGUGACUCCCAGGGUCUCCAUGCCGAGGAGACUCCGUCUUCCGAGCCCCAGAGUCCAGUCACCCAGACAGCCGGAGGGGUGGGUGUGGGUGUGGCUGCAGCGCCUGUAGGAAGGCCUGCUUCCUGUCUGACGCCUCUUCCCCUGGUAUCCAAGGUGAAGUCAGAACAAAUGGCCACAACGCCUCAGCAAGUCCCUCAGCAGCAGCAGGAGGGCUCACCCUACUCUGUGGUCUGCACCCCCGUGGCCAAGCGGCUGUGGGAGGGGGCCAACCGGGACGGGGGCGGGGGGUCCGGAGGAGGCGGGGGAGGUGGAAUGAGGAAGGCUGCACGCUACUCGUCCUCCUCCUCUUCUUCCUCGUCUUGUAACGCAGCGACGCAGGAUAUGUCUGGGCGAGGCCUGGCAACCGCUGUUGCGAUGGGAGCCGGCGGUGGCGGUGCCGCUUUAGUGGGAGGAGCUGGACUCAACACUAACCACAACAGUAACAACAACAACGUCGGCACCCCCGAAGGCACCAGCCCGGGCACGCUCAGCAUGUACACCAGUGACUCGCCAAUCAGCUACCACGACGAUGAGGAGGAGGACGAGAUUGCGGACGAGAGCGCCGAAGAGCAGUACAGACAAAUCUGCAACAUGUACACCAUGUACAGCAUGCUGAACGCCGGAGCGGCAGUGGUCGGAGAAAGGGUGGAGGCUUUGCCAGACUUGGCCCCCGAUUCGGGAGGCGGGCGUGGAGGCAAAGGGGGGCGGUCCCGGCAGGACCUGGCGUCGCUGCCCGCCGAGCUCAUCAGCCAGAUCGGCAACCGCUGCCACCCGAAGCUCUACGAGGAAGGCGACCCGGCGGAGAAGCUGGAGCUGGUCAGCGGCACCUCCGUCUUCAUCUCGCGCGCCCAGCUCAUGAACUGUCACGUCAGCGCCGGCACCCGCCACAAAGUGCUACUCAGGCGGCUGCUGGCGGCGUUCUUUGACAGGAGCACACUAGCUAACAGCUGUGGAACCGGCAUCCGCUCAUCGACCAAUGACCCCAGCCGGAAGCCGUUGGACAACAGAGUGCUGCAUGCCGUCAAAUUCUACUGCCAGAACUUUGCACCGAGCUUCAAGGAGAGCGAGAUGAACGCCAUCGCGGCCGACAUGUGCACCAACGCCAGGCGCGUCGUACGGAAGAGCUGGAUCCCCAAGCUCAAACUGCUGAUGGCCGACAGCGACGCAUACUCGGCUUUCCUGGCCGACAGCGUGAAGAUGGAGGCCGACGUGCUUGGGGUGGAGCAGGGCUUCGACCCUUCCUCUCUGGAAGCCGUGGGGGCGGCCGGCAAUAACAGCGAAGCGUCUAGCGGGACCAUGCCGGCUGACGCCAUGCCAGGGGCCGGCGGAGACGGCAGCACUUUGUUUUGAUUACCUGGAGGCAGAUCGGACGGACUCAUUCGUCUGCGGUAAAGACUCGAGAACAUUGGACCGCCGCGGUCUCCAUGACGGUUGUCACACAACAAUCCCAGCCCCCUUUCCCAGCUGCCAGGUGGUUGGGAAUCUGUUCCUUCUCUCACAAGCUGCGUUUCCAGUGACCAUACAAUUGCGCAAAUUGGAAUUACAAAAAUAAAUUAGCUAAAUGGAAACACGCCAAUUUUGGAAAAAAACAAAACAAAACACGUUUUUCAAUAAAAACAUCUUUGUGCUAGGAUUAAGUGGUUUUUCAGAUUUUUUUUGUUGAAGUUGGCGUAUUUCGGAAAACACUUUUUUCACAUCACACUGGUCACAUGAUCAACAAUCGGAUGUUAAUACGGCGGAAAAUAGACAUAAGAGAAGACAGGAAACGGUAGGUGGAUGAAAGCAACACAUUUGUUAACAACUUUGUUUUGUUUGUUAACGAAUACGCGUGAACAGACGCAUUCACAUGCAAUUUCAAUUGCGUUUCUUAUUUAAUGGGAAACGCUGUCAUUGGGAAAUUAUGCGUUUUUGACUUCAGCGGAUUAUUAAAAAAGUUUUGCACACAUUUGUCCUGGAAACGCAGCUACUGUUUGGUCAGUUUCUUGUACUUUCCUUCCUUUUGCUUGUUUUUGUCUCUCUCUCAGAAUGUUCUCGUUCGUCCGACAGAGAGCGACAGAAAGACGUAGAGAAAGGUCGCAGAGUAAAGAACGUGAACUCCCUACCCCCCCAAAACACACUCACCUCUUCAUUCCUCUGCAACCUUACUCAACUUUUAGUUUUUCUACAUUUUGUUUUUAAAGCUUUUAUUGUCACCGAGGCUCUUUCCCUUCACAAUCAAUCACCGACAUUCCCUGGGGAGGGCUGUCAGUGAGGGUAAUCCUGUUUGGAGAGAGCGACAUUUUCCCUCCCCCUAACUCCGGUAACACUGUUGUUUUGAUAUUGAAUGUAUGCGAGGCGAAGCGUCCGAACUACAGCGUUGUAAGGCAGUGACGACUGAAAGAUUGUGCUGAGCCCCUUUUUGCUUUGACUGUUUAGUGUUUUGUGGCGUCUACGAGGUCGAGGGUUGUACAUUUUGAUGUGUAUAUUGACGGUUUACAAUCUCCUGGCCCCGCUGUCUGAAAUCCCCAACACCCUGUUACAAAAAACUUUUUGUUUACAUUGUUCUUUUUAUUAUUAUUAUUAUUAUUAUUAUUAUUAUUAUUAUUAUUAUUAUUAUUAUUAUUAUUAUUAUUAUUCCCAAGGCUCCUGGGGGUGGACAACAUUGCUACAGAUUGCAGUCAAAGAAAUUUGUUGGCUAUGAAGACACUGUUAUUUUAUUUUAUGUGGUACAAGUACAAUCAGGCUGGGUUUUUGUGCGGAUCUGAAGCAGAAGAUGCUUUUUAUUGUUUUUGGGGUUUUUUUAUGUUCAACUCCCCAACCCAACCCCUCAAAAAAAACAACCAAAUUUUUUUAGCUAAUGUCCAAUUUUUUCCAAUGUUUACCACCCAUUUUUAAAAAACAAUAUUUAAAGAAAAAUUCCAAAUUGUAAAUACCGCAAGUCUCCACCCUUGAGCUCACUAAGCUAUUUUGAUGUGCGUGUGAUUGCUUUGCUAAGUAUUUCUACGCCUUCAACUUUUUCACAUUUUAGUGUUAGCAACAGACUUAAACGAAAGGAGAGUGAUUAUGGAAUGAAGAAAGUACAUUAAUUUCAACAUUCAAAAUAGUUGGUUUUUUUGGUGCUACUUUAGAAAUAUUUACAAGGAAUUUUGUGAUAUCUUAUCAUUAGACCCCUUUCAAAAUCUACAUACAGAAGAAGAAAAAAAGAACUUAACUAGCUUGAUUUAUUUUCUUUGGAUUUUCGAAAAGGCAAAUUUUCCGCAAUUGCGAAAUUGGAAAAGACUGGAGAACUAAAUGACAUCUUCAGGCAGUCUGAUCCUCUAGCUUUUACUUAAGGACAGUAAGGAAAGGAAAGUAAUAGCAGGUAAACACAAAAGCAUGCCACACCAACAUUAAAAUUGUGUUUACUUUUCUUCCACUUCGCAGUUUUGCACCACUUUAUGUUGAUCUAUCACAUGAAAUCCUGACGGUACACAAAGAUGUUUGCAUUUGGAAUGUGACAGAAUGUGAAAAGGUUUAAGGAGUGUGACUACUUUUUGCAAAGCACUGAGUGUGUGAGGUCCUUUUUAUCUCGCGUUUGAAUUGAAAUAUUUGCAGCUGCGGCGCUAAGAGCGCAGGUUUUCCCUCAGGCGUUUUCUGGCUGGUUGCGUGGUGGGAUUGACAGAAGCGCGAAUACUUGGCAGGCAAUACAGCUCUGUGUGUGUAUGUAGGCUUGAAUGUGUGUGUGCUGCUGGGAAGAGAGAGAGAGAGAGAAAGAGUGGGAAGUCAGACGGCACGUUUUCACACACGCUUGGUCGAUUCAUUCACUGCUCAGAUGUGCAUGCUAAUACACAUUGGGGCGCUGCCGGUCCCGUCGGCCACAGCGCACCAGGGAAGCAUGGGAGUCCAACGAAACACAUCGAAGUGAUCAGCUAACGUGGAUUUGUUUCCGUGUGCGGAACAUGCUGGGAACACUUUGAAAGUUCUUUUGUUAGCAUUUUGAAAAGAAAGUUACGGUAUUUAUUUACUAAAGGUGCAACAAAAUAGAAACGGGAGAUCAACCAAAAAAUACAUUGGCAUAGAAACAGAUGUUUUGGCUGAACAUAAGAAUUUAAAUAAAGGAAGAAAAAGAUUUUUUUUCAAAGAAAUUAACAAAUGACCUUCAGAAUUUAAAGCUUGUCUAAAUAAUUAUCAGUUGAACCCUGAAAGGGUUUUUUUUUUCCUUCUUGAUUAAUUCGCCAAAACCAGUAAUAGCUUUUGACUGUGCUAACUAUUAUUUUGUACGUGAAGGGCAUUGUGAUGUGUCAAAUACACCUCAAGGAUCUCUGAUCUUUUAGACAGAACACAAAAGCCAGAGCAACGUUGCCAAAAUGCGGGAUUUCAACGAGGUUUAACCUCAAACCUUCGAUGGCCAUUUAUUACUUAAGAAAUAGAUAUUGCAACAAUCAAAACAUUUGAAGUUUAUGUUCAUAUCCAACUCAAAAUGACCGUUUCUGCUAUAUUUGAUCAUAUUUUAAGUAGGUUUUUUGUUUUUACAUAGACCCAAAACCGGUGAAACCUCUGCUUCAUGUGAAUGUCUGAUGAAUUCAACACAUGACGUUUUCAUACGUGUAUUUGCCAGUAUUAAAUAAAAUUUUAAAAAUGAGAUCUAUAUAAUUAAAAUGCAACUCCUAAAUACUGAGAUUUUAAGCUCACUCAUGAAAAAUAUAUUUUAAAUAUGAUGAACUAUAAAACUGUUCAUUAGAGUUAAGGUACAAGAUAUUAUUCAUGAACAUGUAUGCUGUACUGUUAUAAUCAAAACGUAACAUUAUGAUGUUAUUAAUUUUCCACCAACAUGUGCUACUGAUAACCUUCACAACACGCGUAGAUAAAUAAGUUCCCCUAUUAUUACAGCAGCAUCACAGAAAGCAAAAGAAAAAUCCAGCCUUUAAUUGAGGAUCAUUAAUUCAAAGAGCAAAAGAAGGGUCAAGAAAUGUUUUCAGCAAACUCAACUUAAAGAUAAGAGAACAUGGUAUUCAAUUAGAGCUGAUGUGUGACUGUCUCCAUAAAACAGGAAAUGGGCACAAGAAAAGGAAAACUCGCCAAAGUAAAACUAAACCUUCCUAUAUCGAUGGACAGAGCAACAAUAACAUUUAAAACAACAGGAACGGUGACAGUCGAUAAGAGCCCAAGUUUAUCUCGCGCAGUGAGGUUGAUGACAGCAGCAGCGCUUUUAACAGGAUUUUUAAACAUAUUUAGCAGUAGUACAGAAUUUUAGUGUCACUAAUCUUCAUCUGUACACUAGACAUUGAAGGUGCUAACUGUGGGAAAAGACAAAUUGCAGCAUAGUGACCUCAUGCGUAUCUAACAUAUCCGCCAUGUUUGUUUAUCCAAGCUACUAGGCUAGAUUGCUGUGACCAAGAACAAUGAGCUAGCAAGGUCCAUUCCUUUUUCUUAUGAUUGUUUCUGUUCAAUCCUUUCUUUUAGUUGUUUUAAUGGAGCAAAUCCUAAGCACCUUAUUGCCUGUGUGGCAAAACAAAAAACAACAAGUAAACUGCCUGAAAGUUGGCUAAGUGGCUUGUGACCGUCAACAAAUCUUUGGCUCUUCCCCACACUUGACAAGAAAGAGAUAAGCGAGAAGAAGAAUCAUCUUGACUCUCCUUGUCAGACUGAAUCAGGGUUGUACAAACACAACCCAGAGGUUUUCCUCAGACCAGAACUGACAGCGUCCAGAUCAGUGUUAAGAAAUAACAAUAUCUUGAACCCCGUGGUUAGAAAAUACGUUUUGGGAAAAUUAUGGGAAAAUUUUUCAGACUUCCCAUGUACAUCACCGGGAGUAUAUGGGAACAAACCUGGAAUUUGAGGGCACAUUCACACCAGCCCUGUUUAAUCCGCUUCAAUCAACUAUGUAGUUCAUUUGCCUGGAAAAAAACAAAACAAAACAAAAAAAGCGGGUUCAUUUGGGGGGAUGUGAAUGCGUAAUCAAACUUUGAUGUUGAGCAAAAAAAGCAAACUCUGGUCCGGCCAAAACCCAGGUCUUGGUUCAGUUGAAGUGAAGUCUGGUGCGGUUUGACUGCAUAUGGGAAUGCCAAGCGAACCAAAGAACGCCUCAAAAGCAGGAAGCGCACUAUAGCACAGGGCAUUCUGGGUAAAUAUAACCAAAAGAAACGUGCUCGCUGGAAAAAAACAUAUUUGAUAUACAAUAAUGAUUACCUCAACAUAUUAAACGGAUCUCCUAUUACAACACAAAAGUGAUAUUUGAUAUUUUCUCCCAAUUGGCCAGUUAAUUUCCAUGAAUUUGAUGUAAAGUUUCAGGGAAUUUACCAGAAAUUUUCUGCCACUUUCCACCAUUUCAUUUGUUUUCAUAUAUAUAUAUUUAUGUAUUUAUAUAAUGUAAUCUUUUUUUAUUAAUAUUUCUCUAUGAAUAGACCGAGAAGCACAAAACGCACGUGGUACAAGCUAAGCCUGGGGGAUAAACCAAAAAUCAACCGAGACUGAAAUUUAUGACAAUGGCCGACGUCAUUUUGCCCAUAUUGGUAUAUUCAGUAUUUAAAGGAAAUGUAAAUGGUUUAUGUCUUUUUUGUUUGUGUAUUUGGGUACGGUAUGCUCAUGUCCCUUUAAGACGCUGCGCUACCUGUACAGUCUGUAGUCACGUGACUCCACCCCAUCUAAUCGUCAAAAAGGUGUGAAAGAGACGGUGAGGUUGAGGAAACGGUUGAAGGUGGAGCUGGUUGAGGAGGAGCAGGAGCAGCUCAUUCCCCCCACAAAAAAGCAUCAACCAUUAGGCAACAUUUUGGGUUCAGCAAGGACAUUAGAAGUUAAGUUAUUUCAUACUUACAAACUUGUUCAGUUUGUUUAUUUGUUCAAUAACAACUAAAAGUACAAAUCUUAAUUUAUUUAGCUGUAGCUUUAACGUUCAUUAAAGAGGCAAUAAAAGUGACUGCGAAAAAACUGGUCCAGAGGAAUUAUACCAUCGAUAUAACUGACUGCGAAGUAUUUAUCACAUUCUUUAAUUUCAGUAUGGGAGGUGUAGUGUUAUUGUCCAUUUAUGGUUGUUGAGAUGAACUCUUCAGUAAAUCACGAUAUUGAUUUUAGGCCACAUUGCUCAGUCAUAGCACAAUUUACGGCAACCCAGCCGAGUUCGGUACCUGAAGGACGGUACAGAUUUGAUGCAACAUUGCAAAGUAGGACAAAAUUAAUCAGGAGAAGACUUAGGGGACAAGGAGAGCACAAUUUAUUAUUUGCCAUUUCUAAAUCAGCUGUUUAAAUUAAAUCCAGCACUGUGUGUAGAAGCUCCUCAAACGGGGAACCAAAUAUAUGAGAGAGAUGGCGACGGAGGAAGAGGAAAGGGCGAGUCUCCCUAGAGAGGAGGGACGAACGAAUAGACAGGGAGGAGGUGGAGGUGGCGGGAGCAGGCACGCUUGGAUGAUUUUGGUAUGAAUGCAUGCAUGCAUACUGCCUUGUGUGUACAGCCUGUAAGUGUGUGUGUGUGUGCGGUGCGCGUGAGAGAGGAGGAACAACGUGUGGGUGUGUUUUUAGCGUGCGUUCGCAUAUUAAUGUAUGGAUGCGCUCCUCUCGCUUCCUUCCAUCUCCAUUUAUGGCACGUUAACGCCUGCCUCCUCACGAGGGAGACCACGCGCAGGCGUGUGUGUGGGUGUGUGUGUGUGUACGUGCCCGUGCAAUCAUACGUCCGUGCUCUGCGUGCGUCUCGGAUCUGUGUGCUGCAUACGUGUGUCUGGCUUCGCGUUGCGACUGCGCUUGUCUGCCGCUGUGUGUGGGUGGUUUGGGUGCUUAGCUCUACAAGGUCUGUGUAUAUAUCGGUGUGUGUGUGUGUGUGUGUGAGAGAGAGAGAAAGUGGGUGGUAUAUGCACAGAGGAUGAGAUGAGUGGCUGUUUUUUUUUCCUCGAACAGAGUAGCGUACCUUUCUUUUUACCCACAUCUGCAGUAUGCGUGUACUAUACCCAGCGAAAAAAUGUAAAGUAAAUUCAAAGUAAAAAAGCUGAGCAAAAUCAUUAAUUUUUUACAUUUUAAGCUCCUUGCUAAAACAAGAAGCUUGUCCAGGCCCUGGUCAGGCGUCCUGAACAACCUACAGCCGCAACUUCCUGACAACUCCCUCCCUCUCUCUCCUCUUUGUUUACGUCUCUUUCUUUCUCCAUACGUACAAUUCUCUCUCUCUCUCUCUCUCUCGCCCUUUGUCUGUUCAGCAAACACACACACACACACGCAAAGGAAGGGAGCUGAACGACGUUGGUCCCUUGUUGCUUCAUUACGCGCGCCAUCGUUUUCGUCUCGACUCCAUUUUCUUUACAGAAUGCAAAUCCCUGCCAAUAUAUGUGCAUCCUCGUGUGUGCGUGUGUGUGUGUGUGUGUGUGUGGGCGGUCUGUCUACAACAACAGAUGGAGCUGCCAAAUAGGUUGCUGUCUGUGUGGGAAUAUGUGUGUGUUUCUGUGAGCUAUCUGAAUGCAAAUCUGAAAAGUCACCAGGCGUAGGUACGUAGGUAUGAUCAGAUGAAUCAGAGAUGAUUUUUUUUUUUAUGCUUAUUGCACCUCCUAAUAAUCAGAGUAUUGACGAAGGAAGGCACCGAGUGUCCCACGGCGGCCGUGUGCUGACCAAUCCCAGGAACGUACGGGGAAGAGACGCAGCCUAUCAUGAGGUGAAUACCAACCAGACUGUUAAAGCAAGUGACCGAGUGGGUUCAGACAAUUAUUCUAAUUAUCCUGGAUUUGAGCAGAACGACGAGGAGAAGGUGGCGCCACGCCGCGCCUCCUCCUUAGGAGGAGAUGUUUGUUAGGAAUCUCACAGGACAGAUGAGGCAUUGCGGCACUCUGCCGUCACAUGAGCCAAGCUUCAAACCAGACAAAGACACAAGAGUGAAAGGAGAGAGAAGAGGCUAAUGAUUCUUUUUUUUCCCUUUCUCUCCCUCUCUCUUUCUCUCUCUCUCUUGGUCUGGUAUAGGAAGAUAAACACCUCAGUGCUCUUUUGUUAAUGCUGCAGGAUUUAGUGUGGGGGGAGUAGAAAUAAUAAAAACCCAGGGAUGCACCGAUCAAUCCGCCAGAGAUCGAAAUCGUCCCAACUUUCCCUCAAUCGGCAAGUCGGAUCUUGAAAAAUCGGAAUCUACUUCCUAUUCGUUAAAUGCAUCCAAACUGAGAAGGUCGUCCAUUUUCAGUCCAUAAAUGCAUCAAUCCUACAGGGUGUACUAAAAUCAUCAGAUCAAGGUUUGGGGUGCAUUGGGUAUAAAUAGGGACAAUCUUAAUUCUUUAAUCUAUUGUUUGAUUCAAAAACAACUACCUCUGUCUGUGAACCCUCAGCACAUUCUUGUGUUUUACGUUCAUUUUGUGGAAAGACAAAAAAGACAGAAACUUUCAAAACUGGAAUCGACAACUCAGGCCAACUCAGCAAAAAAAAAAAAAAAAAAAUCUGUGCAGGAAAAACCCAGUUGGUGCAUCUGCACAAAAAAUUUAAAGCGACUCCAAACGGUAAACAGAGCUUGCAGAAACGAAACUGGUCAAUUUUUUUUAUGUGGCACAUUUCAAUGACAGGCCAGUUCAAAGUGCUUUACACCAUAAAAAUAAAAUACAGUAACCAAUUAUGAAACAAGCAAUAACCACUACAUUUAGUCAAAUGCCGUCAUCAAGCAAAAAUACAUCAAAUAUGUUGAUCAGUGUUCCAGACAACUCUUAACAUAAGUGGCUUUAGCUUUGAUUUAAAGGAACUUCGUGUUUCAACAUUUUUGCAGUUUUCUGGAAGUUCCUUCCAGAUUUGUGGUGCAUAGAAACCAAAAGCUGCUUCUCCACAGAGGACUACAGAUCCAUCCAUCCAGCAGUUAAUUUCCUUUAACUUGUUUGUUUGAAUUCUUCUCCCCUCUGUCCUGGAAAGUUCUGCUGUAAAGAUAUUUUUUUCCACAGCUGGAAAGACCGUUCAGCCAUGUUGGCAGUCACACCUCCCAACCUGGUCUUUAAAUUAAACACCGUGUGUGUUCUUCGUCUGUCGUCGUACUUUAGAAAAUGGGAAAAAUAAUGAAUACAUGAUGGAGCUGCAGGGUAGGGAAUUAUUGCUUUUUUAAAAGAAAAAAAAACUCUAGACUUGUUUUAAAAAAUGCAUUAGAAGACAAUUUUAAAAAAUGUCCUUGUUCUUAUUACUGUGGGACACUUCCUGGAAUGUCCAGUAAACCAGUAUCAGUCUACUUUGGCUCAUAUUAAAAAGUAGUAAUCAUGUACACAAUUCUUGAGAGAGGUGCAUUGUUCACCAUACUACAGGUGAAAAGAAAGUACACCUCUUUUCACUCCUAACUCCUAGGAUUUUAUGUAUCAGGAUCUGAUCUCAACCAGGAUCCUCAAAUGUGCAAAAAGAAAACACACACACACACACACACACACACACACACAUUGGACUGUUGAAUAAAAUAAGCCAAAAUGAUCUGGUUUCAAAAGGUUUCAGUCUUUCGAGCUCUACAGAAAUCCAGAUCCAAACAGCCCUCCUAAGGACCUGCAACAACAUUUCAGUCAAUUUGAGGUUUUACCUGGGUGACUUCAACAUUCUUCUAUUUUUUUACAUGUGCUAUGUUUGGCAUUGGCGGACUGACCCACUUUGGGCCAAGUUUUGGCUGCUAGACGGCCUCCAUUUGACUCAAGAGUUUUAUGAUGGACUUGAAGCCCAGGUCUUGUAGCCACAAAGCCAGAAGGAACGAUCUGCCACCCUGCAUGACACACUGUGAGCUCUUUGUGCUGGUAGCUCUUCUAGGAUCUAUUCUAUAGAUAGAGGGGAGAAGAUUUUCACUUGGUAAGAAUUUUUUUUUUAACUAUUUGGACUAGGGGCAUGGGGAAAAUCAACCUUGAUUUUCUUAAUUUUGUGAGAUUGGUGAUUGGCUGGUACAUGGAAAAAAUGAAACUUUCCACUGACCUUAUCUACUUGUGUUAGCCAAAAUUGGAAUUGGCAGGGCAGAUUUUUUUAAAGAUCGGUGAUGGUCAGAAAUUGGUGCACCCCUAGUUUGGACAGUUUGGAUUUUUAACACAUUUUACAUAGUUAUAAGAAUAACCACAAUCCUAAUUCAUCACCAGAGCCUAACAAUACAUCAGUAAAGGUUGAGUGAUUUUAAGGGCUUCAAAAAUUGGUGGACCUUUUUUUCAUGACGUAAAGUGAUUGAAGCAUUGAUUAAACCAUUUAAAAGUUUUAUUUGGAAAGAAGCAAUAAUAAGUCUUAGUUUAUGUAGCUAUGAAUAGAUGGGAACUACUGUGAGACAAAUUGACCUUAGUGCUGUUUUACUGUCUGUUCAUUGGAUUAACAUCACCUAGAUGCAGGCAAGAGAACAAAAUAAAAGUAAAAAAUGUUACAUUUUAAAACGGCAUUUUAACAAAGAAAUAUUUCCAAAACAUAAGAUAAGUCAUGCAUUUGUGUUUUAUUAGAACAAAAGUUAAUAGGAGAUUGUUAUAACAAGCAUUUACACAGUUUUUGUCUGAACUACAAAAUGCGUAAUUAGAGAUGCACUGGUCAGUUUUCGACUAGCCAACACCAGUUAACGUAAAUUAAAUUAUAAUCACAGAAUUCAAAAUAUUGUCUCGCCUUCCUGCCAUAAUCGGUCAUUAAUUACGCAUAGUAGAACAAAAUGUGACAUCACAAUUUUUGUUAAACAGGAUGUUCCAAUUAAUUUUAAACCAACAGAAAAUAAAUAUAGAGUUAACAUUUCAAACUGUCUUUACAUUUCAUUUUAGCAAUAAGCUUGGUUAGUGCGGUUUGCAUUACUAAAACGUCUGUGAGUGUUAGAGAAUUUCCAAAAGGCUGCCAGCAUUUCCAAACCCAACAUGUUUCUCAACAGAAGAGUUCAGACAGAGCUGUUUUGCUGCUGGUUUAAGUUUUCUCCUGAAAGUCUUGCUCUCUCUUAAUUUCCUGCGGCCUGUAGCCAGGCUCUACAUAUCGUAGAACAGUUUCCUACAUCUGUGCUUCCUCUAAAACGUUU